UUCGAAUAAGAAUAGUGAUCAAGAUAAGAAUGAAAGGAUAGAUGAGGAGCAAGGUUUGGAUGAAUACAAAAUAAGAAAAAUAAGGGGCAUCCCAAAAUCAACCUACUAUCGCAAGUUCGGUGCCUCUGGAACGCUUACCAGUGCCGCCAAAGGGACAUCCAAAAUUACCAGUUUCUUAGGACCUUCAACAUCGACGUCACCAACGUAUUUGGCAUUACGAUUAGCAUCCCCUACGUAUUUAACCUUGGCUAAACUGAAUAGUGAUGAGAAUGAAAGCGAGGAUA